UUGACAAAUAAGAAUCAGCCUACAGUUGUUUUCCGAUGCAAAAUCUGGCCUAUAUUCUCUAAAACAUGUCAUUGCCGGUAUUCUUAUCCCAGAGUCACCGGAAUAUCCCAGGAAUAGCAAAAAUUAGGAGUAUCUCAUUUAGGCUGAAACCCAUUAAGCCAUUUUAGUUUUUUUCUCCUCUUUUUUAUUAUGUGCGAGUGCUCGCGCGCUCUGUAGGCCUACUUACGCAACAGACAGCCUCACUCGGUAACGGGUUCGCGAGGGAAGGACGAAAUUAAAGCAGGCAUUUUUUUUGUAUUCCAUUUUUGUCUAAUCCCACUGAUUUCUGAAGGGAUUACCGGACCAAUCAUGAUUGAGAGGCUCUCCUGACGCUGCCUAGACCGUGAGCCGUUUAGACAGUGAAUGGAAGCACAGCACAAGGAUCUGGAGCUACACUGAGAAAUGCUAUUUGGCUUCCUUUUAAAUCCGCAGGGGAAAGUUGCUCCUUCUUCUUGCCUUUGUUUGCGACCGACCUGGGGAUGCGCGCUGCAGCAGCUACACGUUUUCGCGCAGGUUUUAGAAUGAAUUGUAACUUACAUCCGCGCGUUUGCACCUGAAUUUAUGGUAACUUUCUCAUGAUGGUCAACGCUCGAAUUGUGUUUUAAAGAACACCGUCUUCACUAAAUAUCCAGGAUCUGUUGGGACCUUUCUGUCCAUGACGAGCCAAUGGAGGAAGAGAGGGUGGUUGAUGAUAACCAAACACAAUCCAGUUCUCCUGUACCUGUCGGGCUUCCCAUUAACUGGGGACUCAUCACUGGCCCUGUUCAGCCUGUUUUCCCUGCACCCUCUUUGAGCACCCAAGUCCUUCCUCCUCAGAGUUCAGCUGUGCACGCCCUCCAGACCAAGGUGAAGUCACUCACACAAAGGAGGACAAGAGGCAGAGACAGAGAGAAAGAAAGAGAAAGGCCAGACACGGAUGUCUUAAUGAGCAGUCCGGCUGGCCAGCUUUCAUCUGAAGUAUUUCUCAGACAGAGGCAGAGAGGAAAGGGUCAGGUAUCCCUGUCUGCCCCCUCCUGGCAAACAGGUGCUGCAAAGAUCCUGAGCAGUAGUGAUGAAGAGGAGGAGGUAGAGGUGCAAGUCAGGUUAGAGAUCCACAACCCUCCAGCUGAAUCACAAGGAGAGCAGGUGCUCCAGGGGACAGAGGAGACUGAAGAAGAGAGGUCAGAAAGAAAUGAGGGCCAGCCUUGUGGACUCAGGGAGGGUACCAGUCUGGAGAGUCCUCUGUCUGAUAACUCCAGCAGCAGUAAAGAGGACCCAUCCACUCCUCCUCCUCUGCCUGUAUUCUCCUGUUCUCCCUCCACCAUCCCUGCUUCUGCAUCAUCCACCAAUUCCUCUUCUGCAUCUUCCACAUCAGCCAGACACUGGGCACCCCCCAGGGGCUUCUGGAGAGUGGCACGUCCUGAAACAUUGCUUCUCAAUGCUGUCGGCACCAACAGCAUUCCCUCCACUUUACCUCUGAAGGACUAUACUCGGACAGGGUCACUCGCAGCUCCUCAGAGGAAGUCUAAACCAGCAGAAACAGGCAGCGGGAGCGAUGUGGGAAGCGGAGGGGACAACAGCAAUGUGUCCUCAGAAUUAAAACCCACAGACAUUGUGGAGUGCUGCCUGGACAUUUUUGAGCAGAAGGAGACAGACAGCAAAGAAUUGUGCAGUUCAGACAGCUGGGAGAGCAUGUCUUCACAAAGUGGGGUACUAUCUGCUGAUGAGAAGCUGAAGGUGAAGCAGAGGGCUUAUGCAAAGCUCAGGGAAAGACAGCCUAACUGCAGGGAGGAGAGAGAGCAGAGUGGAGGAGAAAGUGCCGGCGAUCCUGAAGAUGUGACGUACAAAGUGGACUGUAAAGUUGAAGGUGCCCAGGGAGUUUCAGACCGGUCAGACUCAGCCAGUCUUGCUCAGGAGCUUGAACCCUAUCUGAGGUCACUUCUUGUAAUAAAUGAUGAGCUUCCUCUGAGCCCAAGACAUGAGCAAGCCAAGCUUCUCCUGGAGCGAGCACGACUCAAGGCUCGCUCCAAUCACAUCAAAGGCGAUCGUCCUUGCAGACGCUCCCAUUCUGAUCAGAGAGUCACUGUAACGAAGCAGCAGGUGGAGGCUCCCAUUCCAACACCAGUGCAGAAAGCUGUUCAAACCAAAGAGGAUCCUACAGCUCAAAUGGUAUCUGGUCCCCUCCUUGUGCCCGACCAAAGAGACACUUCACCCGGUCAAUCUCGACGCUAUGGUUGUUCACCCACACGGGUGCGCUUUGAGGAUGAAUCAGAGAAAGAGGCAGAGUCACGGUACUUGGAUAGAGUGAGACAGCGUGGCAGGCCUGGGAUACCAAAGUCUAAGAGUAAAGAAACUAACACAAAUUCUAGCUGUAAUAGUACAGACACUAGGAGCAGAAGUCAUAGAAGUGUCUCAGUGCCACCUUCACAGAAGCAAGAAGACGUGGGUGUCGAUGGUGAACCCACAACAGUGAUUAAAGAGAUAAUAGUGCUGGUGAAGAAAUGUGAAGCAUGUGGCUCUGUAGUCAGGGAACCUCAGCCAGUUUCAUCACCAUCAGAUCCACAGAACAUUGAGCCACAGAAUCCGGGCAACCCUGAGGAACCACGGGGAAAAGCGGUUCCUCACUGGGUGCCUCCAAACAAGCCAGAGGCAAGCACUCGUCCCAAAGCUCCUUUAACUGUUACUUUUGCUGGAGCUUAUGUGCUGGGAGAAAAUAAAGAGAGUAGCACAGGGUGGAAAUCAUCAGGGUUUGGGAAACUUAGAAGAAGGAGCAGGAAGGGAGAAAGUCGACUGGAGUCUGGCCAUGGCCCUUAUGGUCCAUCUUGGGCUCAGCGACGUAACUCAAAUCCCAGGAACAGGGUCAACUUGAGCAGAGCUGUUUCCUUCGACCCAGGCAGCCCCAUCGCUCUGGAGCCCUGUUUGCUGGAGGCAUCUGGGGGACUAAGGGAAUCACCGGGCCCAGUGCUGCCUAUAAAGUCAGCCCUGAAGUCAAGUUCAAGAAAUCGCUCUGCUGCAGGACAGUCCACAGUUCAGUUCCAGGUGACCUCAAAUCAGGGAGGUGAAGGAGGAUCCCAGCACUCUGUCCUCCUGGACUCUCCAGAGGCAAGACGUGAGUCUCCUCCAGUGGCUUCGACCCAAGGGACCCCUGCAACGAGCAGCCCAGUGCCCUGUAUCAGGCCUUCCACCUUGAGGUACUGCCCACCCCGGCUCACCACAGAGCUGCCAGCAGCUGAACUCUGGGAUGCUACUCCAGAUGGAGCAGGUCUGAGUGGGGACCCUGGUUCUGGUUCAGAGUGUCGUCCUGCUCUGCGUGGCUUGGCCAUGUCUCGGGCUGAGGACCUCAGAGCAGAGCUAUUGAGAGCAGAACAUCUAAAAGCUGAGGCCCUAUGGGAGGAAAACUCUGAUGGGUCCAGAAAGCUGGAUGGGCGACCAAAGCUCUUCCUGCGUCGCUUCUUUUCCUCCAUUGGUCUGAACAGUGUUGGUAGACUUGUGAAAGGAGGCCGCUCCAGCAGCAUGGAACAGCUCAGUAUACCCACUACAACCCGGGUCAGCUCUGCUUCGCCGAGCCCCACGCGGAGACCGCAGCCUGCCAGCCGCAUUCAGAGGACACCCUCGCUGCAAUCCCUGCACACGGUGCUGCCACUGGCCCAACUGCGCAAAGCCUCCUCUGUGCAGAGUUUAGAGAGGAGAACAGAGCGUUCAACAAUACUGGGAGAGGUGCAGAUACCAUAUGGCUUGGCACCCAGCCCUGACAGCCCUCAGCUCGAGCUUCACCGGGCCCUGAGUGUUGAAGAUGUACUUGCCUCCAGAAUUGUGCGUCCAGUUGGCCGGGUCACUCAGGCUUUCUCUGACGGGACCCUCCUCCUGGAAUUGGUCCGACCCCCAAAUGGCCCAUUUGGUUUCGUCAUCUCAAGGGGCAAAGGUCGACCAGACACCGGUGUAUAUGUUGAGAAAGUGGGUGACGGCAGUGGCGAAGGCCCCUUCAAAGGUCUCCUUGGCAUUGGUGAUGAAAUUCUACAAGUGAACGGAGAGGCAGUGGCUGGCCUAAGUUUGGACCAAGUGACGCGGCUCAUGACCCGAGAAAGCACUGCUUCUCUUCGGAUCAUGCCAGCCCGACGCAUACAGCGCUGACUGGGAAGACAAGCGUGGCACAGAGCCAUUUCUGGAUUAUAAUUCACCACCGCAAACACUGCAAACACUGCAAACACUGGUAUACGUGAGAUAGUGUAUAUUUCAGGGCAGUUUCACAUAUUGAAAUGGCUACAUAGGAAAACAGGGUUAGAGAUCAGUUUCCUAUUAGUGCAAAACCAUAUUUAACAGUAGGACACUGCAUUGAGAAAUCAAUAAAAUAACCGCAUGCCAAUUCUAAAACCAGACGAAUCCAGUGGCAGAGAGGACUGGAUAUAUACUGAUUCUAAUACAAAGUUAAUAUUGGGAAUACUGACUCAAAUCCAGCAUGACUGAAUGUGCUUGUUUUAUAUUGUCACAUUUGGAUGAAUUCAUUCAUGAAGUAGCUGAAUUUUAAGCUCUUUUAAAAUAAAACUGAAUUCAAUUUGACUUCAGUGUUUGUGACAAUCCCCCACCCCCGCCCCAAUGCUCCACUUUUCUCAUGUUUGAAAUGUAAUUUUUUUUUUUUUUUUUUUUUUUAGAGUAGAGAGUAUGACACUCCUGAUGUUUAAUGAAUGGAGCUGUAUUUUGUCACAUGUUUAAAACGUUGCACAGAUCUGGUCCCAUUAAUCUUGUUGAUUAUUUCGGAUGAUUGACAUGUUUAAUCUUGAGCCCAACAGAGCCUCACACUGAGGAGCACUCUGCACACGCACAAAAGAAUUUAUUUAUUUAUUUGGUGUAUUUUUAUGUUUUUUAAGAGGUGCCCUCCACUGGAUUGCAACUUCGUCACAAAUUAUAUCUAAUCCAAAAAAAAACAAACAAAAAACAACCAUCAAUUAUCUCUCUCUGUUUAUGUUUUCUUUUGGUGGAUCAUACUUCCCUGAUGCUCUGCAUGACUCCUUCAUUUUACUUGUGUUGUGUCACCUAUUGGCUUCAUGAGACUGAUACCGGUUUGCUUCUAAAUAAAAAUGUUUUACUUUGUAAAACUUUUUGCGUUUAUUGUAACACACAUUCAGCGUGUCACAGAAAUGGCCACACAGCCUGACAAACAUUUAAUUGUA